AGAGUUCUCGUGUGAAAGAAGAUGCCGUAGGAAUUCCUCCGAUCAAUGCAGAUGACAACUUAGUUAAUUCAAGACCGUCAGACAUAUAUAUCGUCGCCUCCGGAUUCAAAACUGAACAUAUAUCUUGAAAAACAAAUAAAAAGACAAGGUAUUAGAAGUGCAAAAACAGGGUAAAAAAAAGCUGCUGUAUCCUUCAGAAAAACUGAAGGGUGGACAUGACCAAGAGAUCGCAAAGAACAGUUGACAGCAGAGUAAAUGUUGAUGGUGUGAGCUGCAUUUUGAAGCCGGCCAUGACACACCAAACCUGCUUAGAUGAAGUGGUAACUCGCAGUAAACCGCAAUGAAAACAAGCGGUACACUGGAUUGAAUUUUCGGGAAAAGGCUGAAUGACCUUAAAACUCAGAAGGAAACCAUAUACUGAAAAGACAAAAGACAUACCUCAAGAUCAGAAGAAACUUGAUCGAAAAUUUUCUCUAAGUAAACAUUCUCAACACGAACCUAUCACCAAGCAUUGGAGUAUAUUAGCAUAAAUGAAAAUAAGGCAUAUUUCCUAAGUUUAACCUUUUAAUAGAAAAACACUACUACUACUACUACUAAUUAGGGAACUAGUAAUAAUAGUAAGAAUAAGAUAACUUCCGCCAUGGCCAAGUUGUGCCGAUGUGUCAAGCUUAAUGAUCGUUUCGAUGCACAAGUCUUUACGUUUACUUUACCAAAAUCAAUAGUUCGGGAAUUUUCUCCAGAUGUCUUUUCCACAGAAAUUGUGUACGGUUACCACAAAUGGAAUGUGUCAUUCAUAAAGAGUGAAAGACACUUGGGGGCAUACCUUAAAUUGCUGACCUCAACACCCGGCCUCUCAUGUCGCGUGGACUAUGCAUUUACAAUGCUCAACAAAGAUCACUUCACCCGAAACGAGUCUUUCAUGGAAAAGAAUUGUGAUUUUAACGAUGAUAAAUUGACCCAUGGCCGCAAAACGUUCAUUGGAAUACAAGAUUUAAGCAACCGAAACUUCAUGCAAGACAGUGGUGAAUUCCUUGUGGAGCUUGAGAUGCGUAGCAUUGUAUCCACCUUCGAGUAUGACUUAGCGGUACCCAAAGAAGCGUAUUCACGACACUACAUCAACGAAAAGCUUGAAACACCUUAUUUCUCGUUUGGUGUCUUUGACUGGAGUGUAUCGUUGUUUAGUCCAAAUGGGGCUCACUAUACGGAAGGUAAAACAGCUGUCCAACUAAACCGGCACACCAGUUUCCAUCAUCUCUGCAAUGUGAAGUAUGAAAUAGCUCUCGGUGAAGAGGAUAUUUACCAAACUGGUCAAAUAACUCAAACACUCGAUACAUCAGGCGUGGGUGACCCACUUAUUGUAGCAGCAACGAUUUUCGAAUUAUCACAGGGACGCAUGGUUGUCCCUGUAAAAGUAACAAUGACAUCUGUGGUGUUAGUCAGCGAAGUGACAAUGGAUGCCCUCGGCCAAAGUCGCAACCGUGCACAUUGUUACGACAGAGACAAACAAGCAUGGAUGCUAGAAGGAGAUACGAGUGGUAAACAUCUCUCUUUCAGACUCUACUACACUGAUAUCUCACAUGUGCCUCGAAAGUUCACGCGUUUUGUAUGCUGGAACGUGAGUAUCAUUCCAUCUGCUGGAAGCAUCGUAGGUAGUAACACAAGCAAGGCAGUGAAAGCUCUUGAUGGACCAUUCACAAAAUAUUACGUGCAGCAAGACCUUGAUGAAGGCUUUGUCAUGCACACUGAUAUCCCAGUAGAAACGCUUUUAGAAAGCAGUGAAGACACUCGCGCACGAAACGCUGCCGGGAAAGCCUUCAUCCAAAGACUCGCAAACGGGAGGUUACAAGACGCUGAAAAUGUCUAUUAUCAACCAAACGAAGAAAGAAAGUUGACUGUUCAUAUUGAAUGGAUUGGUUCUUGUUUAUUAGUUCGACCGACUUACCAUACGAUUGAUGACGUCAGCAGAGUACACAAGCACCAGAUGUUGCGAGAAAUUAUGGCCUUACAAGCGGAAAAUUACGCCCUUGAGAAGCAAUUAUACAGUUAUCAACAGUCCAUAGCCAAGACAAACGCUAAAAAUUCUCCAGUCAACCCGGUGGAACCGAGCAAGAAGCUGGUUGAGAAUGGCUAUGAGUUAGAACUGGCCAGAGAAUUGAGUCAACAUUUGCACGCGGGGGGGCACAAACAACUAUCUCAUCCAACUCAGUUAUCACCCUCACCGACCCCACAACAAUCUCAUUACUCAUCCUAUCAACAUCAGCAAGCACAACCGGCCCCGCCGCCGUCACCGCAACCACAUCAACAACAACCGCAACAACAACAACAACAACAACAGCAGGAAAGUCCGAGGCAGCCGCCACAGCGGCAGCAGCGGCAGUCCCACCAGUACCAUCACCACCAACAGCUGCAAGAGCAACCCAAACCGCCGUCGCCACCAACAACAUCGCAACAGCAGCAGCACCACUACCACCACCACCAACAGCAGCAGCAAUCACAACAACAACAACAACAGCAGUAUCAACAAUACUCACCCCAGCACUCACCACAACACUCACCGCACCACUCACCCCAUCAUACACCCCACCAUCAUGAGAGGCGAACUCCGACGAGGAGACGUCACCAUGACACAACAUACCGAGACUACAAUAUCAGAAACUAGAGAGGCGCCAUCUUAAAUAUUGACUGCAGUUUUAGGAAAAGAGCGAGAAAUCUGAAGAAAUGUCUUGCAUGGAACUUAAUCAGUUCCUUCUAUCCAUUUGGCAGGAUUCUGUAUAAUUCUAUUUGCCCAAAGCAAUAUAAGAUUCCUGGUUUAAUCCAAAUAAAGGAUGACUUUCUUGCUCAGCAGUUUUAUCAACUGGUCUAAUCGGCCCUUUUGUUUAUAUAUGAUAUCUGCAUGAUUUUACAUACUUUA